AGAAGCUCACAUACUUCCGCUCUGUAGUGCGGAUCUGAGCUCACGUGUUUGCUUAGUCCGACCGAGCGAAUUGAAUGAAAAGCCGUUUUCUAAAUAGAGGUGAUCAAUUAAUAAUGCUCAUUGUCAGUCCAUAAGCCGAACAAAGCCAGUGCAGGCGGAAGCCAAUGGAGACGCAAACCACGCAUGCAUCGCUGUUUUGAUACUCUUUCAGAUGGCAUCGGUAUUUUAUCAGUUGUGCCAUAGGUAUCUUUUCAUAAGGACAUGUGGUUUUCUCAUUACAUUUCACAAAACAAGGGUAUACCAAAGAACUACCCAGGUGGCACAAUUAUCCAUUCCCUCAUCAGGUAGAUCAAAUGCAAAUUUCUGGCUGGUUGCCAGAUCCUGGAGAUUGCCAGCACGUCGGUACACUAGCAGUGGGGAUAAAGUUCAGCCAGCCGACGAGGAAAAUGCACCAAAGCAUCUGCUUCCAUUUGAAAAGCAGUUCCAGCAAAUAGCACAACUUUCACUUCAGGAUUGUGAACUACCAGCCAAGCACCCCCUAGAGAACAUUACUGAAGAUGAAGCAGUACAGAUCAAUGCAGAACCUCCUCUUCCCGCUUGUUCCAACACUCUUAAACAUUAUGUGGAGCAGUCUGAGACCCUUCGUCAGCUAGUCCUCCUGGGUGUUGAUCUGUCCAAACUGGAGCAGCGACCUAAUGUGGGAAACAUGCUGAUCCGUUUGGAUUUUGAGAAAGAUAUUAAGGAAAAGUUAUUAUUCCUCAAAGAAGUCGGUGUGCUGGAAAACCAGUUGGGGCCUUUUCUCACCAAGAAUCCUUUCAUCCUAACAGAAAACUUGGAGGACCUACAGAUAAGGGUAUCAUAUUUGAAGUCUAAGAAAUUUACAAACACAGCCAUUGCAAGAAUUAUUUCCAAAGCCCCUUAUCUACUAAAUUUUAAUGUUGAAAGAAUAGAUAAUAGACUGGGCUUUUAUCAGAAGGAGCUUGGAUUGAGCAAACAGAAGACAAUGAACCUUGUGACACGGCUGCCACGAUUGCUAACUGGUAGCUUGGAGCCAGUGAAAGAAAAUCUUAAAGUUUAUGAAAUUGAAUUUGGUUUUCACAAAAAUGAAAUCCAGCAUAUUAUAAGCAUGGUACCAAAAGUUUUAACUGCUAACAAAAAGAAAAUCACUGGAAUUUUUGAUUAUGUACACAAUACUAUGGGUGUUCCUCAUCAUAUGAUUUGCAGAUUCCCACAGGUGCUAAACUGUAAACUCCUGAGAAUUAAGGAAAGGCAUUUGUUUCUUAAGUACCUUGAAAGGGCACAGUAUGACCCCAGUCUACCAAAUUAUGUCUCCCUGGAUCGCUUAGCCACCCUUACAGAUGAAGUCUUCUGCAGAGAAAUUGCUUUAGCCACUGUUAAAGACUUUGAGAUUUUUCAAAAGACGCUCUAGUAAAAAUGACAGCAACAUUUUUUCAAACCAAUUUUAUAAUAUUUAUUUGGAUAACUCAUACCUCAACCCAAUUAAAGUCUCUUGAUUAUUGUUCUGCAUUUUGGCUGAAACACGCUUCUUCAUCUGAUAACAAACACCUGGGAAGCCUGUAAUGUUUUAAAUGAAACAGGUCUCUGUUCAAAAAAAGUUUGUAUGAUCCAGUGAUUUAUCAGAUGUGUAAACACUAACAUUUGUGGUAUUGUUGCUUUUUUAAAAUAAUGAUGAUUACAGGUAUGCAUUCUAAAAGAGGCAUCAAUGGAAAAUGAUUACAGUAUCACUAAAAUUUUGUUUCUAGGACACUGGUAAAAUGCAGUGCAUUUUAAAUAAACCAUUACCAACAAAUGUAAAGGAGACUAAAUGUUGUCUUUCUUAAGUUGGGGUGCUUUAAGUGUACAUACAUUUAAAUACAAAAGUAAUGCUCAACCAUCACACAAAUGGUUUUCCUGUUAUAUUAAAUAUAAUGUAUACCUCCAGCUAUCCAUCAUUUUGUAAACCUGUUUACUAUUAUAUGGGGAUCAGAACCAACCCUGAGCAGAAUGUCAGUCCAUUCACUCUGCUAGUAAACCCAAGAUGUCAUAUUGGGUUGUGGGAAUUGUAAAAGAAAGCCCACACAAACACUUGGAAUAAUGCUAUCAUUACUCUGUACAGUGGGAUUUGAACCCAUGUCCAUACUGUGGUAAGAAAGUAGCAAUAACCAUUGUGCCACUGCAGGGUCAAGAUCAAGAACAAGUCACAAAAUUGGCUUGAAAUUAUGCAUAUCAUUUUGGGCACCAGUGUAACAAUGCCCUCGUCCCUACAUGUUAUAUUUUUAUUGUAACAAUGUAAAUAAAUGUUUUAAGAAUUUG